AUGUCUGAAAAAAGUUUAUCUUAUAGUGAUAUGGCAAAACCUGAGAAUCAUUUAUCUUUUCAUACUUAUAUUGUCUCUCCAGUUCAAGCAUUCUUUUAUUCUCAUGUGUUAUUAAGUGCUUUCGACAAUUUUAAACCAAGAAGUCCUACUGCUAACGUUUCGGGGUUUUUCACAAUUCCUUAUUUAAUAGCUUUAAUUUUUAAUGUAAUUUCUUUACCUUUAUUAUAUUUUCAUUUUACAAUUAUUGCUGCUUUACUCAUAUUAAUUUCUUCCUUACUUAAUUUCAUUGCUUAUUUUUUUGAUCUCUUACUUUUUGUUUGGGUAUUUGAUCUUAUUUCUAUCAUUCCUGGUAUUGGAAGUCAAAAUACUGGUCCUGGAAUUUAUUUGGCUACUAUGAGUGUUUCCUUCUUAACUGUUGCUACUAUUUUAUUAUGUAUUGGUUCAUGUAGUACUGUCAGGAGCACUAGUAAUGAACAAUCAAUUUUUGAUUAA